AUGACUGGAAGAGAAUUCACUCUGAAAUAUCAAUUCAAUGAUGUUGGAAAACUAGAAAAUAAUCAAAUACUUUCUAGUCCAAUAGAAGAUCAUUAUGACUUGAAUUUCAUGCAUGUAAGAAUACAAAGAUCGGACAACAAUCUCAGUAUGUAUUUAUACACAAAUCUGACUGAAAACCAAGAAGUUCAUGUCGAUUAUACCUUUAAAGAAUUCUUAGGAAACAAGGAAAACACUCGUGCAAUUUUUGGGAGUAAAGUGUUUAAAGGCCAACGACAUCGGUGUAUUUCUAUUGCCUGGAAAACAGUGGAGAAAGAAUACCUGAAUGAUGGAAGAUUGGAAGUGGAAUACCAUGCGAAAAUAACAAAAAUGAUUGGAUUUUCAAGAGAAAAAUUGAGAUCUUUUGGAGAGGAAAUGAAGCAGUUUUCAGAUGUGAUUUUGAAAGUAGAAGAUCGAAAAUUCUAUGUUUCAAAAUUGUACCUAUCUUCCCAAUCUUCUUAUUUCGCUACACUAUUUUUGGGACAAUUUCAAGAAUCUGAAAAGUCAGAAAUCAAACUAAAAGAUGUGAAUCCUCAAGAUUUCCAAUACUAUCUCGAAGUCAUCUAUGCAGAAGAUGGGAUUGAUGAAUAUACUGUUGAAAGAAUCCUUGCAAUAGCUGAUAUGUACGACACCCCUUUGGUUGUCAAAAAGUGUGAAAAAUAUUUGGUGAACGAGUCAAAAAUGGAAUUGGAAAAAAAAAAAUAUGCUUGGAGUCCGUGUGAUCAAGACCCAGAGGAUUUCAAUAAGAUGGAUGCCAAUGCUCUCUAA